AUGGAGACCCGGCGGUACCCGGCGGGGAGCCCGAGGCAUUUCCGGAGCCGGCUGCUCCCAGCCCCCGCCGUCCUGGCGCCCGGCACGCUCGGCAGCGGGCCCGCCCUUCGUUGUUUACUACACCCCGGCCGGUUCUGUGGAGGCCCCAGGCGUCUCCACUGGUUUAGCCGGGGCCUCAGGGAAGGCAGAAACUCAUUUGCCGUCUGGCAGGGCCAUGACAAGACGGCGGGCCUUCUCUGUUGGCAAAGUCCACGCCAGAAGGUCGCCUUCCGCGAGCUCCAGCAGCAGCAGGCCGCUCCUCCACCGGAUAGGUCCGCGUAUUCGCCAGGAAAAUGGGCCCGAGGGCGUCGAUUAGAAGUCCUCGUUCGACGUAGCUCUCCCUGCCACGCUUGCAAUGCCCACGGGCCGCGGAACGCCAAGGACGACGGCGGCAAGCCGGUGCCGGUGCUCCGAAGUGAGAGACUGGAACCCGCCGCGUCACCGUCCCAGAAAGUGAGAGAAGCUGGGAGAGAUUUCACCUACUUAAUAGUGGUGCUCAUUGGAAUCAGCAUUACAGGUAGCUUGUUAUACACGAUUUUCAAAGAACUUUUUUCUUCAUCCAGUCCUAAUAAGAUAUAUGGGAAAGCCUUAGAAAAAUGCAGAAUACAUCCGGAGGUGAUCAGUAUUUUCGGUAAACCUUUGAAAGGCUACGGGGAAAUGUCGAGACGUGGACGGAGGCAGCAUGUCAGUUUCAUUGAAUAUGUUAAAGAUGGGCUGAAACACAUGCGUUUGAAGUUCUACAUUGAGGGGUCCGAGCCAGGGAAGCAAGGAACAGUGCACGUGGAAGUCAAAGAGAACCCAGAGAAUGGCAAAUACGAAUUCCGAUAUAUAUUUGUGGAAACAGAAUCCUUUCCUAGAAGAACAAUUGUCAUUGAAGAUAAUCGGUCUCAAGACAGUUAAAAGAAUCGAGCAAGGAUGCUGUUUUCUGAAGGAUGUGGAGAGUGCAGAAGCACAACUAUGUUCACAACCCUCUUCCAGAAUCAGCUCACAGGAGCAAGAACAUUGUUCAAAAAGCAAAUGGAGUAAGAUAUUUGAUUUGUUUAGGCAAACCAAAUUAGAGAUUUUCUUGUGAGAAAUCAUGAAACAGUGUAUUUUGCAUUUUUUUCUUUGUCAAUCAUGACAGUAUUUCUAUUCUACUUUCAUGAUGUGAAUUUUUUACUGAAAAUUUUACGCAAUGUAAAUAAAAGAUUUCAGUAUUUUAUGCUUU